CCCCGCCCCACCGCUAGAUCCGCUGCUGCUGCCGCGGCGGACGGACCUGCAGGAGGCGGCGGCGGCGGCGGUGGCGGCGGCCGAGGCCGAGGGAAGAUGGCGGACGGUGUGGACCACAUAGACAUUUACGCGGAUGUGGGCGAAGAGUUCAACCAGGAAGCUGAAUAUGGAGGGCAUGAUCAGAUAGAUUUGUAUGAUGAUGUCAUCUCUCCAUCUGCAAAUAAUGGAGAUGCCCCAGAAGACCGGGACUACAUGGAUACUCUCCCACCAACUGUUGGUGAUGAUGUGGGUAAAGGAGCAGCACCAAAUGUUGUCUAUACGUAUACUGGAAAGAGAAUUGCAUUGUAUAUUGGAAAUCUAACAUGGUGGACAACAGAUGAAGACUUAACUGAAGCAGUUCAUUCUUUGGGAGUAAAUGAUAUUUUGGAGAUAAAAUUUUUUGAAAAUCGGGCAAAUGGCCAGUCAAAGGGGUUUGCCCUUGUUGGUGUUGGAUCUGAAGCAUCCUCAAAAAAGUUAAUGGAUCUGUUGCCUAAAAGAGAACUUCAUGGUCAGAAUCCUGUUGUAACUCCAUGCAAUAAACAGUUCCUGAGUCAGUUUGAAAUGCAGUCCAGGAAAACUACGCAAUCAGGACAAAUGUCUGGGGAAGGUAAAGCUGGUCCUCCAGGAGGCAGUUCACGUGCAGCAUUUCCACAAGGUGGUAGAGGACGGGGCCGUUUUCCAGGGGCUGUUCCUGGUGGGGACAGAUUUCCUGGGCCAGCAGGACCAGGAGGUCCACCUCCACCUUUUCCAGGAAAUUUGAUCAAGCAUCUUGUUAAAGGAACUCGGCCUUUGUUCCUGGAAACUAGGAUUCCAUGGCAUAUGGGGCACAGCAUAGAGGAAAUACCCAUUUUUGGCCUAAAAGCUGGACAGACUCCACCACGUCCACCCUUAGGUCCUCCAGGCCCACCCGGUCCACCAGGUCCUCCACCUCCUGGUCAGGUUCUGCCUCCUCCUUUAGCAGGGCCUCCUAAUCGAGGAGAUCGCCCUCCACCACCAGUUCUUUUUCCUGGACAACCUUUUGGGCAGCCUCCGUUGGGUCCGCUUCCUCCUGGUCCUCCACCUCCAGUUCCAGGCUACGGCCCCCCUCCUGGUCCACCACCUCCACAACAGGGACCACCUCCACCUCCAGGCCCCUUUCCACCUCGCCCACCUGGCCCUCUUGGGCCACCCCUUACACUUGCUCCUCCUCCGCAUCUUCCUGGACCACCUCCAGGUGCCCCACCACCAGCUCCACAUGUGAACCCGGCUUUUUUUCCUCCACCAACUAACAGCGGCAUGCCUACAUCAGAUAGCCGAGGUCCACCACCAACAGAUCCAUAUGGCCGGCCUCCGCCAUAUGAUAGGGGUGACUAUGGGCCUCCUGGAAGGGAAAUGGAUACUGCAAGAACGCCAUUGAGUGAAGCUGAGUUUGAAGAAAUCAUGAAUAGAAAUAGGGCAAUCUCAAGCAGUGCUAUUUCAAGAGCUGUGUCUGAUGCCAGUGCUGGUGAUUAUGGGAGUGCUAUUGAGACACUGGUAACUGCAAUUUCUUUAAUUAAGCAAUCCAAAGUAUCCGCUGAUGAUCGUUGCAAAGUUCUUAUUAGCUCUUUGCAAGAUUGCCUUCAUGGAAUUGAAUCCAAAUCUUACGGUUCUGGAUCAAGAAGACGUGAACGAUCAAGAGAAAGGGACCAUAGUAGAUCACGAGAAAAGAGUCGGCGUCAUAAAUCCCGUAGUAGAGAUCGUCAUGAUGAUUAUUAUAGAGAGAGAAGCAGAGAACGAGAGAGACACCGGGACCGGGACCGGGACCGGGACCGAGAGCGUGACCGAGAGCGCGAGUAUCGUCAUCGUUAGAAGCUGAAGGAAGAGGAACACCUUCCAAGACAAAACAGUCUUCAUGGGGGAAAAAUGACGCUUGUCCAGCAGUUUGCUUCUUGUGAUUGAACUGAACCUGUAAGGAUUCAUGGAUAAAAUGAACAGGAAUAGAUCUGAAUAAAGCAAAUCUGCAUAAAUGGUAACCAGUAGCUCUACUUUUAUUUUUUAUGUUGCUUAACUGUUUUAUUUGAAGGAAACCAGUGUGAUUUAAAAAGUUAUAGCUUUUGCAACUUUAUUACUGGUUAUUUACAUUUGGCCAUUAUAAUGUGCAAGCAAUUGGAAAAAAAAAGUCAAGUAAAUGCUUGUUUUAUAGUAGUUUGUUCUUGUUAAAAAUGUUCAUAUGAUAAUGUCUGUAAACAGCACCACUUUGAUUACAAUAGAUGUAGUGUUGUAAUAAACUGUUUAAUGGGGCUGAUGUGUAAAGCUGUUCAAGUUAUUUGAUGUUUACACCUCAGGGAAAGUCUUGUGUUCAGCAAUAUCUAAAGAUAAUGUUACUAUGACAUUUAUACUGUCCUUUAAAAAAGCAUUGCAAUAGCGUUUUUGGAUAUGCAUCACUCUUAAUCUUGCGUUCAGUGAAUUAAACAUACUAAUUAAGUGUCUCUUGCCCUCAAUUUUGAUAUUAGAAUAGGUGAUUACAUGGGUAUUUAAUAUUUCUAUAUUCUGCUUUUCUAGCUGUUUUUACCUAGUUAAGCUUGUGACUUUGCUGAAUGAUAUGUAAACUUGUAAAAACUGAAAUUUCACGACGUAGCAAUCCAGUCAAUGUGUUAGGGGUCAAAAUUUUUGUGGUUUUAACAUUUUAGUAAAAACCCAUACAUGAUUUGCUACAGUAAUGCAGCUUACUUACAACACAUGUGCUGAAACUAAUUGUAAACUGCUAGCAUUGAAGAAAUAUUUUGACAGUUCUGAUUUGAUGCGGCAGUUAUUUGCUGUUUUGUAUUGAUAGUGCUUAUGGUUUAUUUUUGAAGCCAUGGGCAAUGUAAAUAUAGCCAGCCGUGCAGCACACAGAUGUGAGUAAAGAAAGCCUUAGUUUUAUUUACCAGUUACAGGAAAUACGUUUCUGAAGGGUGUGAUGUUUAUUAACAUUGGGUUGUAUUCUCCUGUAUGUGUAAUGGGAGAUUAUAGGUGUACCCAUCUCCACAAUUUAAGGAAUUCUGUAUAUUCAUGAAACCUAUUGAUUCAUGCUGAAGUUAAUCAAAGAUUUUUUUCAAACCUGCCUUGCAUAUAAGCCCACAUUAAAAGCACCUGGUUAGCAUGUGUUCUUCAUUGUAAAAUUAGCAUCAGCAGUGUCAAGUUGAUCAGACAUUUUUAUAGGAAGGUCAUUCUGAAUCACCACUUCAGAAAUUUGAGUUAAAAUCCUUAAGCAAGUUAAUUUUUUAAAAUGUUUUUAAAAUGAGUAUCUUUGAGAGAUCUUCUAAUAAUACACAUUGUUUUUUUUAAAAAAAAAUUGUCGAAUUUUAGAGCAGUGCUAUUAAAGUAUUUAGGCCCCUAGAUAUUAUGUAACGUGCGGUGGUAGAAGCCCUCCAGGGAACUGCAGUUCUUCUCUUUCAUAUUGUCCACUAUCACGCUAGUUUUUAAAAAAUUAGCUGUUUCAAAUUAUUUAUAUUAUUGCCAGUUUUAUUUUAAAACAUUUUGUGAUUAGAGUAUUUGCAUGGGAUCAUUGGUGUUUAUCAGAACUGUCUGCUCUCAGAUUUAAGUGUUCUAUCUUGUUGAAAAUGCAGUUGCCUUUUUAAUAUUAUUUGAGGUUGUUUCAAAAUCUGUUCUCUUGCUUUGUGUAUAGGUAUUGUUAGUUUUUGUCAUGUCUUAGCUUUUUUUUAUAUUACAAUGCCGUAAUGUGAAGAAGUGUGGACAUAAAUAUAUUACAAGGGAAUUUAUUAGUUAAUAGUAAGCUUAAAAGGUAAGUAAAUGUCCAUGAGAUAAAAUUUUCUCUGAACAGUUUAAAAAUGGAGUCAUAAAAUCUUUAACUGUGCUUGAACUUGAAAUGAAAACUGGAAACUUUGUACUAUUUAAAUCCUUCGUUCACCUUUUCAUUUUUUAUCAGUGGAACCCUUUAAUUGCUCGUUCUAUAUCACUCUUCUUCCUUCUUGGCUGAUCUCAUUAUGUGACUUGUUGCAGACAAUGUUGAGUGUACUAGAAUUGUUUGCUGUUAGUCCAUUAUUUUUAAGUGUUGUCAGAAGGAAAUAACUUGAUUUGACUAAUUUUUGCGAAGUCUUUCUCUGAUAAAUGAAUGUAUAGCAGUAAAGGUGAAAAUGCAAGCCUUGUUUUAUUCUUCAUAUCCCUUCUGUUUGUUUUUUUUUAAUGGGCUGAUGUUAUUUGGAAACUUUUUUUUAAUGUUUAAAAACAAUCCAAAGAGAUAAAUCUUUACAUAGACACCAAAAAAAAAAAAAAGAAUCCCAGAGAUCCCUUCAUUUCUUAAUAAUAAUUUUAGUGGAUAUGAAAACAAACUUGAGCUUAAUUUUAAACCAUAUCAUUUAUUAGUCAAAUUCCUUUCAGCCAGUAAAAUUAUGAAUCAGUGAUACAGCACCUGAAUGGUAUCACUUUUGAAGCAACGCUUUGAAUUGAAUGUGCUGCUUUUAGUUAAAGGACAUAUGUUGUGGAAAGGAUAUUCCAGUAUAAAUUUGGAAGUGUUUAUUUUGUCAGUUUUCAUAAGCAAGAUAUGGAGUAAGUUGCAGUAGCUAAUGAUCAUAGUUUAGCAUAUUAACCUAGAAUAUUCUUGAGCAGUUAACUACAAUUUGGAGUUCACAAAAAUCUUAUGGAUUGUAGCUUAAAGGUAUUAUUUUCAGUUAAUUCUCCUGUGGAGAAUAUUGCUUUGUUUUCUACUAGAUUAAGGUCAGUUCUGAAAAUAAACAUGGAGGUUUUAGUGGAUGUUGUAUAACACUUUAUAGUGGAAGGGGAAAACUGUUGGAAGGGUAAAGACUUUUCCCCUAUGUAUUUAAAUGUGCCAAUAACCGAAAAAUACAUACUGUUUUAUACAAUGAGAUGCUACUACAAGACUUCCUGUUGGAGUGCUCUCAACAUUUUGGUUUUCAUACCUGAGUGAUCAUUGCAUUUUCUGUAUCUUAUAAGAUGGCUUCACUUUUGUGUUUUAAGCUUCAGCUUGUUAUUUUAAGAGGAAGUUAAUGUUCUAAUUUUUUACUGAGAAUACAGUAUUGAGAUACUAGCUGUUUUACAGAUAAUUGCCUUUUAAAUUUUUUUCAUUAAGUUCAUUUGCAUCCCAUAGCUAUCUGUAAAUGUAUCCCGUAGUUGUAUGUACUUUAAAUGCACGCUUAUCCAUUGUACAUAUUAGACAUUUUUGUGCUGAAAUACAUUAAGUGGGAUUUUUGUAGCAAAACAUUCUAUUUUUUGUUCUUACAGUGUGUGUGUAUGUUGUUUUUUUUACAUUAACCUUCAGUUUAAACACUGGUGUAUUUUAUUUUUUAACAACUUGACUCUUAGAAGCCUUAGACUAAUUUUUUAAUAAAUAUUCAACCAAAAAUUAUAAAUUUAUUAAAUGUGGCCUUACACAUAGCAUUCCUUGUGUUUGUAAUGUGAGAUUUUUGGUUUAGAGAAAUAAAGAUUCAGGAUUAAAGUAUUUUAUUGUAAGUUGAAAUAGAAAAUGUUAAAAUGUCUAGGCUUCUGGGAGGAAGUUCUUAUACUCUUCUUUCUUGGUAUUAGAAAGAAGCAAUAUGAAUUUUUAUGAAUAUUCAAAAUAUUCAAGCAGUUGUAUCCUGUUCAGAUUGAUUUAGGUUUGUCUUAACCAAUUUCUUUAAAAUUUCAGGUUGUUGGCAUUCACUCUGAGUAUGCAGCUACUAUUAGGUAUUUGUAUGGAACAUAUAAACACUUGGUUAGGUAUAGACAGGUUUUAAUGUUUUAAAGACUUCCUGCUAUAUUAAUUAACAUAUUGUAAUGGGAGUCUUUUAAAAUAUUAGAGUUUAAUUGAAGUCACACAAAUCUUGAAAUUGUAUCUGUGGAUAGUAAAUACUACCAAGAGUUUUUCAUGUGGGAGUAUCCUAAAACUCCUCCAUGGGUGUAAAUGUUUUACAUUAAUUUCAUAAUUGGACAGACCCUGCAUUUAGUAAAAACAUUUCAUUUUGAAGAUGUGUUCUUUUUGUCACAUUGUUACUGCGUAACACUUCUCAGCAUUCUGUAAGUUAAAUUAUUUUAAAAUACAAUGGUAAAUUCAUGUUUAUUUUUUUACUUUGAAAAUUGUAGUACUCAGGUGGUAUUUAAUGGGAAAGGAUCCUUUGGGGUAAAUCAUAAUGUAUUCUAAGGAAUGCAUCUAUAACAUUGAUACUUUAGCCUUAAAAAAAGGUCUAUUCUUAUUCCUUCUUCCUCUUCAUUCCAUGGUAUGUUAGCAAAGUAGUUUACAGCCUUGUACAGCCUUACAAAGUUGUUUUACAAUUUUUAAUGGAAAGCCCUUAACAAAAAAUUGUAUCAUAUUACCAGUAUCCAUGAAUUACUGAACCACAGUUUGUAAAUAAUUUGUCUAAUACCAGAAGGCCAAAGAAAGUCUUAAAAUUUUAGCUAUUGACUCUAUGGUGACUUCACAAUAAGAUUUCUGUGCAAAAGGUAAGGUGAUAUUUGAUCAAAUAAACAUCUUCUUUUGGUGUCCAUGAGAACUAGACUUCCAUAUUAGCUUCUCUUAAAAAGCUCAUUCCAUUUUAUUAAAAUGUUUGUAAUUGAAAUUUUGUGUUUAAUGUUUACUUUCUGUCUUUUCUUUCUUUAGCAUUUAGGUGACUGUUCAGCAGUUUGCUAUAUGGCCAUUGUUGGCCUUUAAACUGCACUAGUAACAAGCAUGGUAUUUAUCUUGUACUGAAAAUAAAACACAGUUUUUAUAA